CUUCUUGCGUCCUUGUCCACCCAGAAAGCGGCAAACAUCCAACUAAAACCGGGCGGUAGCAGCAGCAGAUGUCCACGGCGAAGGAAUUUUUAACCUUUUCUUUAUCAAAUUCCGCUUGAUAUUCGGUAAAGUUCCGUAAGUCGUCGUGUUUGCCUAAUUUUGUGUCCAGUCCGCCCAACAUGGAUUCCGCCGCGUCCCGAAUCCUGGAGAUUCUCAACCAGCCGCCGAUGAUGCGCUGCCCGGAGCUGGGUCUGCUGAUCGACCGGGCCAGCCUGCGGGAACUGCAGGACAUUUACCCGGUGCUGGUCAACUCGAUCUUCGGCGUCAACACCGGCGGCGGCACCGGCUGGGGCUUCCGGCUGAUGACGCGGGACACGCACCCGCACGACUUUGACGUGCUGUACAACUUUUUCAUCCCGAUCGGAGGUCCGAUGUUCCGGCUGUGCUACCGGCUGCUGAGCGAUUCGCUCAAGUACGAGCUGCCGGUGGGGAUGUUGCCGCCCAAAAUGCAGCAAAUGUUGGAGAGUGGCCGCUAUUCCGCGUUUUACAGCGAUAUUAUCAAUAUCGAUCCUUUUAGAAGACAAAUCGUGUCGCUUUCGUUGAACGCCUUCGAUUACUUCCUGUUUCACUUUGCGCUGCACGGGACGGUUCCGCUGCAGCGGCUGUACCCGGGCGCCGUUCCGCUGGGCAACGAGAAGGCCAAAACGCUGUACCUGAUCCUGACGGCGGAGUAUCUGUGCACCUUUCUGCCGAGCCACCCGGACUCGGUCGUGCUGCCCCAGAUGGUGAGCGGCACCAUCAAGGUUAGCUCGCCGGCGGCCAUUCCCGUGAUGCAGCCAACGAAAUCGCCCAAGUACUUGAACCUGUCGGCGAUCCAUCAUCACGCCCCGGUGGCCGCGGCGGCGUCGGCCUCUCUCCAGCGCAGCCCAAACAGCAGCACCAUCGAGUCGUCCCGGACGCACUGCUGGCGGUCGGAGAGCGUGCUGUACAUCUUCGUCGACUGCUGGCUCCGGAUCGACGUGGACGACGCGCGAGAACUGCCGAGCAACGAGUUUAUCCGGUGCGUUCGAAUUUUGGUCAAGCAGCUGCACGCGUUCGGGAACAGUGCCGAGUUGGACGACAGUCCGAUGGCGCUGCUGAGGCAGUCGGCCCAGCCGUUGAUGAACGUGAGGAUGUACGGGUUCUUGAAGUCGUUGAUCUCGCGGUGGCCUCUGGACAGUUCGUUCUCGGACGUGCUGGAACUGUGGCUGAGCUACAUCCAACCGUGGCGGUACACGUUCAACCGGGAUUUGAGUGCCAACUUUGAGAUGCCAAUCAACCAGCGGCAUGAGAACUUUAUCGCCGAGAAUUUGAUCGUGUACACGCAGAUCUUCGUCCAGCUGAUCCCGCGCUUCGAGCGAAUCGAUCUCUCGACGCUGCGCAACGUAAUGAUGCUGUUCCGACUGCUCAAGGUCUUUAGCCAGGGCAACCUCAUCGAUCUACUAAACCAGAACGAGGUCAUCAUGUCGUCCAACAACAACGUGGCGCUCAACAAUUCCACCUUCAACGCAUCCGCCGGGCACGCGAAUUUGUCUGGGGCGUCCAAUCGAAGUGUCCACAACAACAGCACCGGCGGCCUGAAUCGCUCGUCCGGCGGCGCCGAAUGGAAAUCGUUCAACUCCAGCGGCCGACCCGGAACGCCCGGCAAUCGCUCGACCGGCGAACCAACCGACGACAGCUACGUCUUCCUGUUUGGUGAACACUUUACCAUGCUGAUCGAGGAACUGCUCCGCAAGAUCUACGUCUCCAUGCUGGUGGCCAAGGAGAACCUGCGCCAGAUGCAGCAGGAAAAGCAGAACCGCUACCAGGGCAUCCUCAAGUACGUCCACAUGGUAAUCGGAUACUUUGACCACGAUCCAGUCUACUCCGCAAUGCUACAAGACCGGCAGAAAAUCCCCGAAAUCCUCGAAGUCGCGCUCCAAUCCCUCGCCCGUAUGUUCCAAAUCCCGCUCACCGAAGAGUUCUUCCAAGGGGAAGCCAUGCAGGUGGACGUAACCGCCUUCCCCGAACCCUCACUCAACUUCACCUCGCACACCAAUGCCGCCGACUCCACGCUCAGCUCGCAACACUCCACCACACUCUCCCCGCAAACCAUGCGCCAACGCCAACGUCAACUCCGCUACACCGGCGACCCGGCCCUCCUCCCCAUCCAAAGCACCGAGUUCACCUUCCUCGUCCGCUUCCUCCACCAGUGUUCCGCCAAGCUCAACUUCAUGUUCAGCGCCGAAAUGAGCGAACUCUACCACCGGCCGGAUCUGUGCGGCAAGCUGAGUCGCCAGAUCCUGGCCCCGCCCAUGGUGACGCAAACGUUCGACAAGUCGCUCGGCUAUUGCACGCUCAAGCGGGACCAGCUCGGGCCGCGGAUCUGCCUGCGUGGGCUCGCCUCGUACAAGUCGGCGUUCGUGAUUGUGGCGUCGUUUUUGGCCGGCUAUCUGAUGUUUAACGCGCCCAGCUACGGUUUUAUGCUGCUGGUUACGGUUACGUUUCUGUACUUGUUUUUGAGGGCGCUGGUGUGCGAUAGUCAGCAGCAGCUGGGGUUGCCGCGGCAGCAACGGGAGGAUUCGAGAGCGGCGAUGAACGUAACUUACUGAAGGUAACUUACGAGGUUUGUUAAAUUUUUACUAAAGGAAAUUAUUAAAAUGAAAUUUUUAAUAUGAUUUAAAUAAUUAAGGAACAAUUUGCUUGAAAA